GGAAGCGGAAGGUUGUGCCAAAAUGUUGAACAAGACUGAAGUUAGCCAAGGAAAAGAAUUCUCGGAAUUAAAUUAAUGAUAAUAAGACAUGUAAGUUUAAGGAGGACAAAUAAUAAAUGGCGCAUUUACGAGUUUUCUGUUGCGUCGAAAAGUGGCGGUUGGCUUAAAGUGGGCCGUUAGCCGUUAGCUCAAUCUGACAACAAGACGCUGCAACGCCCCUGACUCUGAUGACAAAGUGUUUAAAAACCAGUUUGUGAUGAUUGCUGAAGGUGUUCUCCAGUUUGUGCCAACGCGGAUCAAACGUGUUCAUAACAGGGAACAGACCCGGAUUUGUGCCCGCUGCUCUCUCUCCUGUGCUCUUUGUGAAAUGACCUGAGCUGACUGCACCUGUAGCAUCUGAGGACAAUGGCUAGAAUAGCCUGGUACCAAGAGAAGAUUGGAGCCUACGAUCAACAAGUCUGGGAGAAAUCUCUGGAGCAGGCAGAUCUAAAUGGUUUGGACAGCAAACCAAAGAAGACGACCCACAUCAAACCCGACCUCAUUGAUGUUGAUUUAGUAAGAGGAUCAACAUUCAGCAAAGCCAAACCGGAGAGUCCCUGGACAGCUCUGACUCGGAAAGGUUUGGUCCGAGUGCUGCUGUUCCCCUUCUUCUUCCAGUGGUGGAUCCAGGUGACCUCCAUGUACAUCUCCUCAUGUAUCCUUGUGCUAUACUUCAUGCAAGUGGCAGCGGUGGUGCUUUACCUGGAGAUCCCCGGGGCAAGUGCCAAUGAGGUGUUUGGACCCAUGUGUCUGAUGCUGCUGCUGGGCACUGUGCACUGCCAGAUUGUGUCGACCGAGUGCAGCCGGUGGCCCUCGGGCAAUCCAGCUGCCAGCUGCACUGCAAGCCCUGCGCGCAGAAGGAGGCCAAGGAAGGGCAGAGGGCUGAAAAAACCUGAAGAGAAGAACGACAGUGAAGACACAGAGCAGCAGGAGUCCUGGCAGUUUGAAGAAAGCCAGCGAUCAUACAGCGAUGAAGAGAGAAGGACCAAAAGAAAGUCAGGGUUUGGGGCGUCUGACGAGCUCUCCAGUGAGGAAGAGGACGGGAUACAGCUAGUGGGAGGGACUCCUCCACUGCUUCCACAUCCUGAUCCAACCUGGCAGACACCUCCACCGCUGUCCUCUGUUUGGAAGAGAAAUCAAAAGUUUAAACCCAAACCUGCGUUAAGACCUCAGGAAGGAAAUGCUGCUUUCUCCAAGAUGAAGCCUCGAGAGGUGGAGCGCCUCAGGCCGAAUGUCGGCUCUCGACCAGCUUCUGACACUGAUGACACAAUGUGGGAGGAGCUUCUUCAAGGUCCUGACUCCGCCUCCACAGGGAGCAGCGACAGUGAAGUGAAUGGGAGGUACAACAGCAUGACGCUCCCACAGAAUAACACGAUGAGCAGUGACGAUGAGAGUCUGCAGCAGGGAAUGAAUGGAAGCCAGCUGUCGUGGCUUCAGGCGUGCCACCCAUCCAAGGACCGUGUCAGUGCCAUAAUAUGGGAGCAGGGCGAGUGUAAGAAAGUGGACAUGUCAGUAUUGGAGAUCAGUGGGAUCAUCCUCUCGAGGGUGAAGUUGGUGGAGCAGGGUGUGGGUUACCUUGUGUUUGGAGGGCUUAUGACCGCCACCUUAGCUCUGCUUCCUUUCGCCUUCCGCUUGUCUCAACGUCUGGGUGUGUCGAACCUCGGCAAUCUGUCCCCACUGGAGCUUUUUCAGAUGGCUAUGGGGCAGCCUGACACCCAGGCAUACAUCUUUAUCUUCAUCACAACGGUGCAAAGAGUCUGCCUCACAGGACUGUUCUUCUUCAUGAUGUGUGUGGCUGAGAGGACAUACAAACAGAGGCUUUUGUUUGCCAAAUACUUCAGCCACCUCACUUCAGCUCGCAAGGCCAAGAAGUCUGAGAUCCCUCAUUUCAGGCUGAAGAAAGUCCAGAACAUAAAGAUGUGGUUGUCUCUGCGCUCUUUUCUCAGGAGACGAGGACCACAGCGCUCCGUUGACGUCAUCGUCUCCACAAUCUUCCUCCUCGCUCUGUCUAUUUCAGUCAUCAUCUGUGCCCAGCUUCUGCACAGCCACAAGACAUUCCUCGAAUCUCUGACAAACUGGGAGCUGAUGGUGUGGGCCUCCUCUCUCAUUCUGUUUCUGCUGCGGCUCGCCACGCUGGGCUCAGAGACAAACCGCAAGUACAGCAACUCUUCAGUGCUUCUCACUGAGCAGAUCAAUCUGUAUCUGAAGAUGGAGAAAAAGCCCAAUAAGAAAGAAGAGCUCAGUAUAGUGAACAAUGUUUUGAAACUUGCUACAAAACUGAUGAAGGAGUUAGAUGCUCCCUUCAGACUGCUUGGUCUGACUGUAAACCCUCUGAUCUACAACAUCACCAAAGUGGUCAUCCUCUCUGCUGUGUCUGCUGUGGUCAGCGACCUGUUUGGCUUCAACAUCAGACUGUGGAAAAUAAAGUCUUAAUGUGAAAACAACAAACCACUAACAGUCGGAUGAACACUGGAGACCUGGAGCCUCUGCAGACAGCAUCUCAUCACCAUAAAAGUGCAGAUCUACUGACAGUGAAAUCGCUCUCUGUGCCUUUCAACUUAAACUGUAGUAUCUUGGGUUUCAUCAAACAUUCACAAGCCUGAAAUGCUCUGACAAUCAAUCAAACAAAUUUACUGUCCGGCGUUCUGUGGCCGACGUUUGACCCUUGAAUGUUCUUCAGUGUGCGGUGAAAUAAAGCGCUAGAGGAGGUCUGAGGUCAUUUCAGGCUUCUGCACAGUCUUAAAUAUGUUCUGUACAUAUGUGUAAAUGAUUAAAAUGCAGAUGAUAAUAUAGAUAGUUUAUAUCUAGACAUAUUUCCUGAUGUUUCUCAUCAGUGUUUUAGUAUGAGUAACUGUAAAACAAGCAAACACAUCUGCUGACUGAAGCGGGUAAAUCAAAACGGAGCAACCAGCUGUAUUAAAUCUUCACCUUUUGUACUAUUUAAGGAGGAAAUAUUGUGAUUGUAAGUGGGUUUUAUUUAUUUUGGGGUUUUGUUUUAGUGCUUAAACUUGCAGAGGUACUUGUAAGUUUUUUGACCACUAUCUGCCUUUUGUAUUGAGGACCAUUGUUGAGUAAAAUGACUAUGCAAAGUGGGUUUGAUUGAAUAAAAUGUUUGAGAGA